AGCAACCAGCACUUGCCGCGGCCUCGCUCUUCUCCCUCGUCUUCCUUCUCCGAGAUUAUCGUCAGAACCAUCUUAUACAUCCUCCCAUCUUAUUAGCUUCACGACGAGCAGACAUGGAGCAGCGAGGACGAAGGAGACGGCAGCAGAUCCCGGUGUUCGGGGAGUGGAACCAGCAGCAGUGCGAGGAGCUGCCCAUGACGCAGUACUUCGAGUCGGCGAUGCAGGCCGGGCUCGUCGUCAGGGCGGGCCGCUGCUGCUACCACCACGGCGGCACCGAGGCGGCGGCGCUCUCCAGCAGGUCGCCGUCCGGCUCGCCGCCUCCGCACAAGCCGGCCAAGAAGGCGCGCAGCGCGAUGGAGAGCCACCAGCAGCAGCAGGUCGUCCACGCGGUGAGCAGGAGGCGGCAGCAGGGGGCGCCGCUGGUGGCUGACGGCGGGCCCCGCGCGCCGAGGAGGCCCCGGGUGGUGAGGUCGGUGGACGAGGACCUGUACAAGGUCCAUCCCGAUCUGCUCCCCAAGAAGGGCAAACCGAGGAAGAAUGUGAGGAGCCUGUGGAUGGGCUGCGUGGGGCUCAACUGCGUCGCCUGACGUGAAGAGACAGACCGCAGCGGGUCUCCCGUCCCCUGGCCCCGUGGCAUGCACUAUCAUAUCCUCUUGUCAUGUACUCCGAACUAGGCUUUUCGUCCUGCUUUUCCGCGGCGUAUGGAAAGAAGAGACGACGACCGGGAGCACCAGCACAUCCAGAAGACCAGAAGGCUAUCCGAUCACACACAUGCGUAGACCAUCACCUUUCUGCCACCGUGCUCUCUUGCUAGUUGCUACCUAUUUCGUCGUACACAGGGAUGCAUGGUCCGUGUGUUGCACGGUUGCACCUUGUGGACAACGGAACAGCUAGUCUAGCUGUGCUGUGAUACCUUCUAAUCAGGGCCGUGUUCAGUUACAAAAUUCCAAAUUCCAAAAAAAAAUUUCCGGCACUUGCAUGGAGAUUUAAAUCUAGACGAAAUAAAAAACGCAUUGCGACUGCUGUCUGUAAAUGGCGAGACGAAUCUAAUGAACCU